AUGAGUUGGAGUCUUGCAAGUAAUGCGAAUCAAAAAUCAGGACAUAUAAAUAGCCUUCUGAAAUAUGUCAUCAGUAACGGUUCGUCAAUGCAACCGGACGAGACUAUCCUAUCGAUUCAUGUUAUUGGCACAAAUUUGCAUAAAUUACCUAGUAAUGAUUUGUUGCUUGCUAGUGAAGCAUAUCGUGUGUUAAUCAAUCAAUUUACGAAACAGCUGAAUGAGGAGCUUGUUAUUACAAUUCAUCUGGUAGAUAUCAUACGUUGUUUGUUGACUGGAACGGCAUUGCCUACUGAAUAUCAUAGUUAUCUAUGCUCACAGCAGAUUAAUCAAAAGAAGCAUGACACAGUUGAAGCCGCUCAGCCUUGCAUACAGUUAAAUAUUUCUACUAAAGAAAUAUUAGCAAUAAACGGACUGUCAUUAUUUUCUUCUUUUUCUAUCGAAAAAUUAAUUUCCGCUUUUAUUCCUGCAAAAUUCCUUGAUCCAUUUCGAAGUGCAGUCGCUCAUCCUUCAUUUCCCGCAUAUUCCAAAAUUGAUCACAGUGACCUAUCAAUUCUUGAAAAUGGGAUUUCUAAUAUCGAUAAGUUGUUAUGCAUCGAUUUUGGCAUGGCAACUGAAACCGUAGUGGAAUGCAUCAGUUGUACCUCGAAUGCGCUAAUUUUGAUGAUUGGUUCGUUAGCAUGUAAUUGUACCAUUGAAGAAAUGCACACGGAUGCAGCAAAUGCGUGUUGCGCAACAGUAAUUAGUGUACAUAGGCGUGUCACUGAAAUGGCAGUAGGAACACUGUACGCCAGAAAUCAUUUAACGAACUCCACUGAAAUUCUGGUGUUUUGCAUUAAUGAGUUAUUGAAAAAUUGUAAAACGGAAAUUGUGUAUGUUUUCGCUAAUCGUUUCCUCAGUGUGCUUCCAACGGCUUUAUCAUUUUUGACAUUUAUAUCGUCUGCUUUAUAUGAAGCGCUUUGGGGUGUCGCUAAGGAAGCGCUACAACAUGCACUGAGACUCGGUGAUGCUACUUCAGUCAAAAAGCAAGCUUCAACAGAUUCACCUGAUGAUCCGGUAGCAGGGGUUGGUGAUUGGUUGGAAAAUAUUUUGAGAGCCGUACCCGUUUUGAUGGAUCAGCAAGAAGAUGCAAUUAAUUUGCAAAAGGCUACUCUUUUUACCAUAUCUUCUUCAACGUUGCUAAGCUUAUGCGAAAGAAGCUUGUCGUUAUUGUUGUUUAUGGGAAACACUUCAAACAUUUGGACAAGUUCAAGUUUUAAUUGUUUCCGGGAUUUAUGUGCUGCAUCAGGUGGUGAUCAUGGUUAUUGUGGAACAGAAGAUAUUAGUGCUUUAUUAAUACUACUUCUGGAACAUUCCCUGGACAAGGGCUAUCUAGAGAAAAACUAUAACGAACAACUGGUGAACAGUUUAUUGUAUUUUCCAAAAGAUAAUGAAUCAGAAAUUAUUACUUCUGAUCCGUUUUGCCUGAAAAUCAUUGCUGUUUGUGUGUUGGGACGUCAGAAUGUAGCACGAAUUGUUUCUCAUGUUCUGCGCUCAAUAGAUGCAGAAUCCAGAAAUGGUACUCCUGAGCCCUCCACCUUCUGGCUUCUCGAAUGUAUUUCUGAACUAUUAGAUAUUGAAGAUCUGAAAAAGUCAGCUGAUUAUGCAAUGCAUAUGUUAUAUGACGUACUAAAGAGUGGUGUAAAGCGCCCAAGGGUACGGUAUACGUUAGAAGCUGUUCAUCUCUUGUUAGUUGGAGGCCAAUCUCGUGGUGAAAAAGAUGUGGUCAUGGAAAAGUUUCGAAAAUGUUGUUGUGACUUUUUCGAUCUAAAGAGAGCACCGAGAUGGAACGAUGCUUUAUUAACUCGUUCUAUGUUUAAUUUCAAUCACUGGGAUGAACUGCAUGAUUUGUAUAUCAAUUGGCUAUAUGAUAUGCAGUGGGAUGAGGAGCACCUUCCUGCACAUAUCAUUUUGCCGCCUACAGUUUCGUUUCUCUCAAAAAUUGUGAGUGGUACUGCUAUUCUUUCCGCUGAACGCUGCCAUUUUAUACGCAUUCGACCCUUACUGUUGAAUAGCAUUUACGCAGCUUAUUUGGAUAAAUUCAAUGAUGGGAUCACAAAUAUAUACGUAGAUUAUGUGCUUAAAGUCGAAACACUGGUUACUAUUGGUUUGCCAAUUAUAGAUGAUUGUUCUCUCAUUGAUCUCGUCAAUUUACCUCUGAUAUAUUAUGAUUCUCUAUUGUUAUUUUACAACCAGCUAAGAAAAUAUCGUUGCUCAACAGAGGAACUCAUCCGGAUCACUGAAUUCAUUUCUGGAAUGUAUAAGAAUGCAAUAAAUGUAAUUUGUGAACGUAGUAAAGUCACAUUGUCUUUGGGUGCAUGUGCAGUAUCGUUGUCGCUUGCAAAAAGUGACGUACUGAACAGUACAGUCCCUCAUGCACGUGGUGAACUUCAUUCUAUUCUGAAUGAUGAUUUAUUAAAGUUGGUUCGUGCAUGGGCCGGACUUAUGUUACCUGAACUAAAGUUUUCUUGUACACCAGCUAUGUUGGAUGCAAUAAGUGAUACAUUUAAGUCACCGUGUUCUGUUGUUACAAAAGUGCAGGAUAUUAAGAAACAGAUGUUUGCUGCAUUCUGUUCACUUUGCGAUAAUACAACUCGAUUUGUACUUAAUCAGUUAUUAUCAAGAAGUUGUGUGCGACGUCAAGAGGAAACGCGAUUGCUUCUUGACUGGAUGAUUUUUAUCCAGAGUUCGGACCUCACAGGAACAGCAACACGUGAAUUGAAUCAGUCGGUGUUGUCCAAAAUGAAUGCAGUUCUGGUAAUGAGCAGUCAUUUAGCUCGUAUUGUUUCUACUUUAUUGGAUGGAAUAUUAGCUCAACAGAUUGCCACAGAAACAAAUUUACUCAAUGGUCAAUCAGUUUUUUGCUCUGUCCUAAUACAUUUGAUCUCAUCACAAAGCUCUGUCAAUUUGCCGUGGAAUACGUUGCCAGAAGACAUCUUUUCGUCCGUUCUGAGUCACAUUGCGAUGGAUGAUUCACUUACGAAACGUUCAGUACCAUUUGUCAACUUGCUUUCGACCAUUUGUUGUUUGAAAAAUUCACAUUUGAAUUCACGAUUUCUCUCACCGCUCGAGAUACAUCAGAAUUUACUUGUUCACUGGGUUAACGUUAGUGCAGUCCCGCUUGAGACAUUUUGUAUGCUGCAACCUUUGAUUGAAUAUUUAGCAGGUGAUAGGCAUCGAAAGCCAAAUUUUGUAGAUCCAGCGUUUCGAAAUUUGUUAGGACAAAUGAUUAAUAUCCUUUUUGGUGAGAAUGUUCAUCAACGAACAGCCGAUAGUUCCUCCAUUGAAGUGAAACGAAGUGAUCGAUGGGCGUAUGCAUCACUAUGCUGCAGAAAAAUGAACAAUCAGAAUGAGAAAGAUAAUAGUUCCUCAGAUCAGAGGUGUGAGCAGUUCAAAGAAAUGAAUAUCUUCAGUAAAUGUUUGUUAACAUUGUUAAAUAUUGGUGGUCCAAAAAUACACUGUCACUUAAUUCAGCAGUGCGCAAAGUUAUUUUGUAACUUGGUUGAUGUAAUCCGAAAAGAUGGAUUGGAGCUUUUAAAAGGCUCAUCUAAUGUGUCAAGUUCGCAGGUCACAACUGUUUUGUAUGCGUUUUUUUUUCUGUGUAACAUAUUGGAUUAUAUCGAUAGUUUGUGCCGGACUCUUUGUCCUCCAAGUGUUAUCAGAGACGAUUCAGACGAUCUUUUCACAGUUUUUACUCCGAAGCAUAUAAUUAAGAAGACGACGAGUUCGCGUAGUCGUGCAUUACCACUGUGUACAUUCGCUUCAACGGCGAAGCAGUUUAUUCAACAGCACUGGUACAAUUGUUACACUUGUGGUAUGGUUGAAGGAGAAGGUGUUUGUUCAGUGUGUGCGGUUAAUUGUCAUCGAGGUCAUGAUCUAUCAUACAGUAAAUUUGGAUCAUUCUUUUGCGACUGCGGAGCUAAAGGUUGUGUUGCAUUGAAGUCUACAUCACAUCCUAAGCCGCAGCGUGUCAGUAAUCAAAAAUAUACGACAUUGCCUAGUAAUCGCCUAAAAUCGUCAAAGCACAGAUUGAGUCUGUUUAGUCAUCUUUUGGUUAUGGAUGAAGACAAGGCAGAAAUUGAAAAUCAUUUGUGUCAGUUUAUGGAGGUAUUGACAGCUAAUCGGGAAAAUAUUGUAUCACUGAUUACUGCAGUGAAGGAAGGAGUGCGUUUGCGAUCAAAUAAGAUCCGCGAAACACGACUAAACGAUGUCGGUGCAAAACUGACACAAGGCUUGACAAUAUCAACAGAUCGUGUUAUUAUGGAGCCACUAACUGCAUGUCCUAAAACUCUUUUCGAUAAACGGACUGAAACAGGAAAAAGUGUAGAUAAUAUAAUAGCGUCUCUUGAAAUUGGUGGUACUAUUCUUCUCGCUGCUGUGCAGGAAACCUCGAAGAUUGUUUUGCUAGGCAUUCGAUCGUUGUUGAGUGCAUCUAUGAGAGAUUGCGAUAUACCACGAGUUGAAUUAGAUGUAGCUGGAUUCAAAAUAGUUGCACUUGCAAGUAUGAAUGAUUUACUAGCUGUAUGCGGCUUGAAUCAGUGUCUCAUUCUACGGAUUAGUAAGGAUGGUGAUGUAUCUGAAAAGCAAAAUGUUGAAUUUACUAACGCAUUUCCGUCUUAUGUUGUUCCAAAGAUGAGGUGGAUUAAUUGUAAUAAUAACAAUAUGAUAGCGGUUGCGGCAUUGCAGUUUAUUCGAAUUUAUGACUUAAAUUCGGCGAAUGUUCCAUCAACUUUCGAAUUCGUCCUUCCAAUGGGCGAUGUUACCGAACUGGCAUUUGGUAAGCGGAACGAUGGUUUGAUCAUUAUCAUUGUACUCUCGUCCGCAGGACACGUUUACAUGGAGGAAUUGGAAAAAGCUAGACGUGCUGAUGGAGCUUCUUAUUUUAUGACAACAACGCUACAGUUGCCAACAACUUCCAGUGCCAUCUCAAUGCAUUAUUCCACAGAAAUUCGAUUUUUAUUCGUUUCUAUGGAAAGUAACACAUAUGUAUUGCACUUCAAUGGUACAGAAUUCGAAGAAGCCAAAAGUCUUCCAUUCGACUUUCCGCUGAUGAAUUGGUGUGAAUGCGCCGGAGUCUUUGCAGCUCUCUCGCAUCCAUCAAGUGCUUGUGUUGUUUUCCUCUACCCAUAUGGCAAUACUCUAUAUACACAAACGAAGACUCUAACUGAUCCUGCAACAACUCAAUGCAUGCUGCUUGGCUCAGAUUGCGUAUCUCAAUUUCUCAUACAAAUUCUGGCAGAUCAAAACAUACAGCUCUUUCGGAGUUGUUGGUUAAUGGAACCUGAUUUUUGGGUGAAGGACGUGGAACGUUCAGUAUUGGAAACAGAAGUAAAACCAUGCACUAUUAUGGAGGAUGAGAUACCAGAAUCAGAUAUGGUUACAGUAUUUGAACAGUGUCGUCCAAUCCAAAAAUUAGAAUUUUGCAGUAAAGCACUUGAGCAAGUUUAUGACACUGUUGAGCUAACAAAAAGGAUUACCACUUCCGGAAUGAGCGCUGUUUGUUUGAAGCAAAAAGAAUUUGAAGUUGUGGUGAAGAACCUGGAUUGGAACUGCGUCAUAUGUGCAUUACGCAUCGAAGUCACACCAGACAAGUGUCCCACAAGUGUUACGGUUUUUGGCAAAAAGAUCAACUUACAAACGAAGACGCCACGAAUGUUCGAUGUACGAUUAACACGAAAGCAAUCUAUCAAUUGCAACAAUGAAGUGACAUUGAAUUUCAUUUGUAACAAUGUACCUGCACAAAUUUGGUCGAUUAAGGUUUUCGGCAAAACGAAAAAAGAUUUUGGUUUUCCUACGGCUUCCUAUCGUUUUAACCAAAUUAUUACUCUCCCCGAGCAACUGGUUGCCUCAUUUAUCUCUACAUGUUACAGGCUACAUUCUUGUACCAAACAGAAGCGCAUGGAUUGGCUUCUAUCAGUUGCAUUAAAUUUUACUGCUCCGGACUUUGAGCACGUUACCGUGAAUCAUCGAGCAUUAAUCCUGCUGAGGCAUUUAUCACCUACAACCUCGUCAUUUCUCGAACAAAAGGAUGCUGCUUUAUUUUCAUCACUCAGUAACCAUCGAAAAGCUGGAACUUUGCAGCUAUCACUUUUCAAUGCCUUUGCUACCCAGUUGAAAGUGAUAACUUUGCAUCGUGUGACAUCUUUUCACCAGUUAAUUAAGAAGCAUUUCGGUGGUAUACUUCCUUUUUUGAAUAUCUGUGUGGAUUUUAUCUUCUCGAAUGAUUUUGCUGCGGAUGCAAUAUUAGAGCAGUUCCUGAUAUCUGCUUUUGUAUAUCUGGCUGUAAAUGUGGAAAAUUCUGCAGAAAUAACGCAGCUUAUUUUGGAAAUAUUGUUUUCGGAUAACAUAGUCAUUGCUCAUCGUUGCAAAUGUUUGAUGUCGUCUAUAAUUUCGAACUAUUGUAUUGCAAGUGUACAAAAUCAUAGCAACUUAUUUUCGUUUAUUGGUGCUAUUACACCUACAACUUUGACGGAUAAAUACACAGCUUCCGCCGAGGGACUACAUAUGGGUGUUGUAAUCCAAGAUGCUAUCGGAUUUAAGCCGGCGAUUAUUGAUGAGCUUGAAAAUCAAAUAAACAAGGAGAAAGGCAUACCCGUUCAGCUGAACCCCUCAUCAAAUUUGGAGAAUUUUAACAGAAAAAUGGCUUGGAUCGGGCAACUUCUGCUAGCUUUUGUUUCCCGACUCGAUAUUUGUAGUUGUGAUGGUAUACGCUGUUUGGCACCAGCACAGACAAUACUGUUUUUGAUGGGUCAACAUGCUCCAGACCAACUAACCGAUCUCAUCGAUUAUUUAAUAAGUGGGCUAGACUUUAGCAAAGUACAGACAGAAAGAACAGUGAAAGCAGAACGUGAUCAAGUCAUUUUACGCUUAAUAUAUGUUAUUCUUGUUCAAUGUACAUCGCACAAUUGGCCAUCCAUGAAUAGCAGAAAGAUAGUCGAUGAUGGAAUUCAAAGUGUUACUAUACCAAAAAGUGCAGAACUGACUACAAUAUUAGAUACUGCUGCUGACGUAUCAGCAGUCCCGCCGGCUGGAAGUGUGGAGGAUGAAGACGAUGCAGAAGGUGGUGGGGAAUCUGAUCUAGAACAGAUGGAGGAUAUUGAACUUACAGGUGAUAUAUCAUCAUCUAGCCGUGAUGCAACACCUCAACAAGAUGAUACUGACAUGUCUGCAAUAAAUAAUGUCCCUCAAGUGGCAAGUCAGGAACACGAAGGUGUAUCUGUAACUCCUGAGCCUCAAGUUUCUUUGGCUGUGAAAGUUGCUCAUACUUUGGAGUCUGCUGGGGCUCUGAAUCACUGUUAUAUUCUUUUACAAUCCUUGAAAACAGAAUGGACUAAGCAAAUGCAGUCUGCCGAACAAACUAUCCAGAAACUCUCCUCUGUUCCACCAGAGUUACAGCCUGACCUUGCACCAUUAUUUAAUGCUCGUUCAUUAAAUGUCAAUCCAGGAAAUGUCUUCUCUAUAUACACAACGUUAAUUGUCGAAAUGGCACUUCGGUUGCCCUAUCAACUCAAAAAAAUUUUGGGUGAUGAGUUAUUGUUGGACAACAAAUGGGAGAAUCUUUUAUGUGAUUACAUAACGCAGGAGCCGUCAACAAUGCGUAGACUUGCUCGAAAGCUGCUUUUACUAAUGUGUGGUUCCGAUACGGCCAAGUACCGACAAGUUCGUGAUGAGCACAUCAUUCAUGAUUUACUAGCUAAUUUGAAAAAGCGCCUGAAAAGCCGUUCAAGUUUAGAAUAUUUCGAAUUAAGUGAUAUUGUUAGUCGUAUCAACGGAAUUGCAGUAGUUUCUGAGAGGCGCUGCGUUGUUUGGCAGAGAAUAUGUUUAAAAGAAUUGCCAUGGUUGAUGGAAUUAGCGUGUAUGAUGCCUGAUGUUGCCUGCGACGCUGUUCUUAAUCUCAUUCUACUGGCUAUUCGAACAUCCGAAGAUUCCGAUGAUGAAUUACUGUGUUGUUCACUAGUCAAUAUACUUUUAAGCAAGCAAAAGCCUUGUGCAUUGUUCAAAAGACUGAUUACGAGGUUCCUGCUGGGCGAAAAUGAAGAAAGACGUUGGACACUGCAUGCAAUUCUACGUGCUACUUUACAACUUGCUUCACGACCCAAUCAACUGUUACUGAUUAAUUACCUGUAUAAGCACACUUGGCCUUAUGCACAUGAAAUGGGUAAUCGAGCUGCACAAUUAGUAGAUCUUCUGUCUUGCUAUCUACCUCGAUUUUUAUCGAAGGAUGAAUUGAUUACGGUUUAUAAGGAAGCUGUAGCGACGAUCAAUAGUGCAUUAUACACAUUGGAAAAAAGUCGAAGUUCGGUUAUUUUCGAAAAAUUAUGUGAAUUUAUCGGAUCACCAGAUAUUUCUGUACUAAGUAAAUCUCCAUGUCUGAUAUGUUCGGAUUCGGAUCAUCCAAUGGAACAAUUGAAAUUAUCAGCAAUUAAAUUGGAUUCCCGCUUCACUACGUCGGCACAGAUGAUCAAAUUGAUGGGCCAUUUCGAGGUGUCGCGAAUCAUCAUACGUUUGAGUGAAAUCAAGCGAACAAAAAUGGUGAAACGCUUCAGGUUUUACUAUUGCAAUAAAAUACUUGAAUCUGCGAUUGACCUCAAAAAUCGGCCUGAACUUUGGGAGAAAGCAGCUGAUGUUAAGGUAAAUCAAGGAGACACCGAAAUUGAUGUGCAGCUUCCAAUCCCAGUUGUUACUUGUAAUGUUGUUUUGGAAAUGGCCGAAUUUUAUGAUACGAACACAGCCGGAGCUGCAGAUGCGCCAGAAUUCGUGCACUGCCCACGGUGUUCUACGUCAGUAACACCGAAUCCCGGGAUAUGCUCAAACUGCGGUGAAAAUGUCUUUCAGUGCGUGAAGUGUCGAGCAAUCAAUUACGAUGAAAAGGAGCCAUUUUUAUGCAAUUCCUGCGGUUUUUGCAAAUAUGCUCGCUUGGAAGCAGUGCUGGUUGGCCGGUCGUUACCUUCAGUGCAGGCAAUCGAGGACGACAAUGACCGAAAAACGACAUAUGCCCUUAUGGAAACUUUAUUGAACGACAUCGAAUCGACACGUUGUCAUAUUGGAAUCAUUAGAGCUUUUCUGGAAAAAUGCUCGUGGGAUUCAGAACCCAAUAUUCGACCAAAUAUGAUCCUAAAGCACAUGACUGUGCAAUCAUUUACAAGUUUUAUGUCAAGUUUAAAUUUGAAAGAGGAUUAUACACUUGCAACACUCUAUCGUAGUGCAGAAAAAUUGCAUAAUAAAUUAUGCGAACAAACUCGUCAGUUAGCAGCAUUUCGAGCAGAAAUUCUCCGCUACGACAUUGAAAAUGGCGAUGAAACUUUGUCUGACAAACCUCGCACCAGUAAUUUUCAUUCUAACUCUGAUCGUUGUGUAGGCUGCAUGUCCGCACUAAUAGUACAUUGUGUAUCAUUAAUACAAGCAACGUGUAGUGAUACAAAUGCUAUGGAGGAAAUUAUACGUGAAGACUUUGUUUUCAGUAGAUUGGUGAAUGGAUGCACACUUGGUGACGCAGUAGCUCGUUCCGUUCAUAGCCUUAUUUGGAAUCUCUCGGAAAUGAGCAAAGAAGCGACACAGAAAAUGUGUGAAUUGGUAGAGAAUGGUGCUCUUCCAUGCUACUUGUUAACGAAAUCGAUAUUUGAAAACAAAUUUCGGUUUUGGGAGCAAAAAUUGCGCUGCUUGAUGCGCAUGGCUGUGAUAGGGAAUGGCAGCACCGAGAUGGAUUUGCAUGUAUUGGCUGUAUUUCUGAAAAUUUGUUCGCCAUGUUCAACAAAUCUGAAAAAUACUUUUGCAGUGGAUUCAUCUGGUUUUAGCGUUGACAAAGUGAGAAACGCUGGUACUUUUGCCGGUUAUCUUUUACCUACACGUGAAGAACAGUCAAAAACAGUUUUGAAUGCUUCACAAAAUAUUGGUCUCGAAGAUAAUCAUAAAGAAAGCGAACAAGAGGAAGUAGAACAGAAUCUCGUUCUGGAUGACACCGUUCUUCACAAAAUUAUGGAAGAUAUGAAAAUGCUAGACGAAGAAGAACCUGAUUUUGACAAAUUGCUUAUACCCUCUGAACGAUUUCCAACGAUUGGAUGGCUAAAAGGACGAUUUAUUUGGGCGGAAUAUACAAGACUGUUGCAAAACGAUGGUCCAGAAAGAGAGCGCAGUAUUCUUCAGUACAUAAGACGUUGCACUGAAAGUGAUCCAAAACGGAAAUUUUCACUUUAUCAAUGGCUUACUCGUUGUAUGUUUUCAUCUGUAGCAGCAGUUCGUGCUGCAACCUGUCGUUUACUUGUGAUGCUAUGUUUUGAAAUCAACAACAAUGGCGAAGCACAAAUCGGAUCACCGGUGGACAUAGCUCUUGUACUGCAAAAAGUACUAUUAUGGAUGCGGAAAAUCCGGAACGUUUCGGCUGACAAUAUUGAUGAAUACUUUUGUUUGAUGCGAACUUUAUUAACAACAAGAGAAAUUAACAACGUUUUAGUAUCGAAACCAGUAGAAUUGCAUGUUGAUAUCGUAAAACGAAUUUUGCUAGCAAGUUUGGAUAUACGUUUACAUGAAGUGAGUAGACCUUCGGGGGAUCUUUCAACCGGAAUUCUUCUUCAUCAUCUUAUUCAAGUUUUGAAUUGUAUGAUGCAACGGGAUCAGAAUGGUUGGAAUUUGCUGCACGAAUCUAGUCCUAUUAUGCUUCCACUUCUGCUUCGAACUGUUUGCGCACUCAAACAAGUUACUAUUCAUCGUACCUUUUAUGUGAACGAAUCUGUCAAGGAUCUCAGUAUGCUGCUGAUGCGCAUUGCAUUGAAACGACCAAUCUUAGUUCUGAAAGAGGCGACACGGCGAAUAGGAGCUCAUCCGCAAGAAUUGCGCAUACAGGCUUAUCUUUUAUCAAUUAUCAACGAUAUUAUUUAUCCAUUAUUGAAGAAAGAGGAGGAUUUCUUAAUACAAAUCGAGAAGGAUGCGCUCCAGGAAGAUUAUCUUCAAGGCAGAAUGUUAGGUAAUCCAUAUAGGAGCAGUGAUGCUGGCAUGGGUCCUCUGAUGAGAGAUAUCAAGAAUAAAAUUUGUCGAGAUUGUGAGCUGGUUGCACUGCUGGAUGAUGAUACUGGAAUGGAGCUUCUUGUGAAUCAGCAGAUUGUUGCCUUGGACUUACCGGUUAAUGAUGUUUAUGAGAAACUUUGGCGUUCUGAUCAUCACGGUCAAGCGAUGGUUAUUGUGUAUCGGAUGCGAGGUCUUCUUGGUGAUGCAACCGAACCUUUUAUAAAAACACUGGCUAACACGAAUGUUAAAGAGAAGGUAGACGAUAGUCAACUUCGCCUGGCUAGUGCGUUAGGAUCUCCGAUACGUGCUUUUGCAACUAUUCUUCCGAUAUUGGACAACAUUGAAUUGACUGGAGGAGGCAUAAUUUUGUUGCGAGAAUUGCAUCGAUUGCUGACUCACUGCAUGAAAGUCGAAGGAAAUCGUGAGCAAUUGAAUGAAUAUGGCGGUAUCCGAAGGUUUUUGCAUGUGUUCGAGGUGGCUUACAGAAGUGGUAUUAAGGAAAAGUCAAUUGAAGAAACAAUAGCUUUACAGUAUCUCGAACUUAGUAGGAUUCUUCUAGUUGAUGUUCUCGCCACUGAUCGAAUCGAGAAGUCUAUUGGUGGCGCAAGUUUUGAACAGACGUCAUGGUUAUUGGAACUUUCAAUGGGCAGUGAUGAAGAACUUUCAGCAUCAUUACUGGAAGCGGUGACAUCCAUUGCACCAAAUCUUUGCCUUGGUAAUGCAGAAAGUAUGGAUGCUUUGGUGGAAACAUUUCGGCCGUGUUGUCACUGGGAUGAAAUUGAUAACGACCGAAAAAUUCGAGAUCGAGUGGUACAGAAGGUUGAAAUACUGUGCAAAAUAACAAGCGCCAUUCAUGAUAGUGCGUCCGGACGGAUUCUCAAAAAGAAAAUGAUGGAUGCUGGAUUGAUUACAGAUGCAUGCAGAUAUUUGGCAGAGAAUCAUCCUCCCAUAUUCAACGUUUCAGUAAUGGGACCAGAGUGGAAGUAUUUUUUGUCAAAACCUUCACUAAAAUAUGUUCUAAAACUUAUGGCUGGUAUGGCACGGUCUCACAAACCCUCACAGGAAGCAAUUGCUGAAAAUUCCCUGCCCAUACUGCAUCGUUUGGAGCAGAUUUCAUCAGCCGAACAUAUUGGAACAUUGGCCGAAAAUGUAAUGGAAGAACUGAAGAAGAAUGAUCAAGUUGCUGUACAGAUUGAAAAAGUUCGUCAAGAAACGAAGAUAAAGAAACGUCAGUUAGCUAUGGCGAUGAGGCAAAAGCAGCUUUCGAAAAUGGGUAUGGAAAUCGGCAAAAAAGGACAAGUGAAGGUAUCUGCGCGCAAGCUGAUCAAUGAACCUCAUUCAUUAGAAAGUGUAUCAGACAUUAGUAUUUGUUGUAUAUGCCGGGAAGCAAUGGACGCUAGUGCAAAAAUCAUGAUGGUAUAUGCAUUUGCAAGUCGACUGAAUCUAAAAGAGAACAAAGUAAUUAAUGGUCGGAAUUAUUCGUUCACAACAGUGUCGCAGAUGAAUUUAGUUCAUCUGGACUGCCAUUCCGUAGCUGUCAGAAUGGCCGGUUCACGAAGCGAAUGGGCAAGUGCAGCGCUGCAUAAUGCCAAUACGAAAUGUAAUGUUAUCAUGCCGAUUUGGUCAAAGCAAGUAAAAGAUUCGGAUAUGGAACACUCCUUCCAAAGGUUAUCAACUGAUCUGGAAGUAGCUGUUGAUUGUGAUACGAUAAAUUUAGAUAGCCUCACACUAGAUAUAGCAGAAUUGCUGGAUCGCUUUGUCAAGUUCCGUUCAUUUUCGGCACUUUCUCAUGGUGGUGGUCGUGAAUCAAACAUGCAGUAUAUGGCUAUUUUAAUUCUUCUAGUGCAGUAUUUGAAAAAAGUCUCACCAUCCUCCGAACCUGCUGAAGCUCAUUCAUUCACCCAUGAGAUCAGUAUCAGUUUGGUAAUGGAUACUGCAGAGCAGUGGAAUGAUAAAAGAUUGGAUUUGUUAAAAAGUUUGCAAGGAUCUAAGAAGUCUUGGAAAGAUGCGAGACAUGAAUUGCUUGUCUGGGUUGCCGUUGAUUAUUAUCACAAUAAAAUUCUUCAGUGCAGGACUGGUGAUCGUACUCAACAUAUGCGUGAGAAUAUAAUUAAAAUUUUGGAGAAUUGUUCCAAGUUUGUUAGUUAUUUCGACUCCGAACUCUCACAGUGUAGAAGUUAUGGCGAAUUAAUGAAAGCAGUUGGUAUCGAUAUGGGUAAUGUUACCCUUGAAUAA